CACCCCCUCCGCUGCCAUGAAGAUCUGGACGUCGGAGCACGUUUUCGAUCACCCCUGGGAAACAGUCACGACGGCUGCCAUGCAGAAAUACCCAAAUCCCAUGAACCCCAGCGUGGUUGGAGUUGACGUGCUGGACAGACAUGUAGACACGAGUGGGAAGUUGCACAGCCACAGGCUCCUCAGUACAGAAUGGGGAAUACCCUCCAUUGUGAAAUCUCUCAUUGGUACAUGCAGAACAAAGACAUAUGUUCAGGAGCACUCUGUUGUUGACCCAGUGGAAAAAACAAUGGAGCUUAAAUCCAGUAAUAUUUCAUUUACAAACCUAGUGUCAGUAGACGAGAGGCUUGUCUAUAAACCACACCCUCAUGAACCAGACAAAACUAUUUUGACACAAGAAGCAAUAAUAUCUGUAAAAGGUGUCAGUCUCAGCAGUUACCUAGAAGGGCUAAUGGCAAACACAAUUUCUUCCAAUGCUAAUAAACAGAUACCAAAACCGGCAGGAAGACAGAAGGCCUCUGCAAAGGACCAAAGUCACCAGCAUUUCCUCAACACCUGCACAGCUUCUGGAGGAUUCUUACUGAGUUUGUGGUUUAGUUUGGCUCUGGACAGAAGGCACAGUGAGAAGCAAUAUACAUACUUAAGUGUAAGGAUUUAAUAAACACCCAAUCUAUAAUAUCUUUAAGCCUUCAGUCCUCAUUAUUGAAAUGACCAAAUUGAUUCUUUAUCAAACAUAAAG